AAAAGGAACACGCCGAGGCGGUUUUCUUAUUUCGUUCUUUCUUCCACUGUUUUUCUUUCCUUCUUUCGCUGGUGGCUCUCUAUUUUUCUCUCUUUUCGUCUCUCUCGCGUCUUCCGCGACGUCGCCCUCUCUCCGGGGUUUAUAUUGCACACCAAAUGUCUUUUGAUCUCUGCAAGAAAAAAUUGCCGAUUCUUUGGUGUGACUUUGAGUUUAUGAACCGGGGGAGACUGUGGUGUUGGCGGAAGAUAUUUUUUCGACAUUGGACUUGACAAUAAGUUUUCUUUUUCCUAUUUACUCAAAAGCUUACUCUUUUCCCAUUAGAUAUCUCGGUUUAUCUUUUAUGCAAAAGAAAAAAAUAAAAAGCUGUGUAGGAUUUGAAUUUGGGUUAUAUUCUGCAUAACCUAAGCUAUCAUCAUUUGCCGUUUGUGAUUGCUGCUAGCGUACUGUAUUUGGAUUUAAUAACUUAAGCUUAUUGUUGGCUUGGAAACUUUCUACUGGUUUUCCUGAUGGGAAAAAAAACCCUGCCUCCUGGGUUUCGGUUUCAUCCGACUGAUGUUGAACUUGUUAAGUAUUAUCUGAAGAGAAAAGUGUUGGGAAAGAAUCUUCAUUUUGAUGCCAUAGCUGAGAUUGAUAUUUACAAAUAUGCUCCAUGGGAUCUUCCUGACAGAUCCAAUUUGAGAACUGGGGAUCUGAAAUGGUACUUCUUCUGCCCCAGAGAAAAGAAAUAUGCAAGUGGGACUAGGAUGAAUCGUGCCACUGAUUUGGGUUAUUGGAAAACCACAGGCAAGGAUAGAACUGUUCAAUAUAAUAAUGAAGUUGUGGGGAUGAUAAAAACUUUAGUUUUUCACAGAGGGAAAGCACCUAAAGGGGAACGAACAGAUUGGGUUAUGUAUGAAUAUAGACUUAAAGAAAAGGAGUUGGAUGCUAAAGGAGUUGCUCAGGAUGCAUAUGUGCUUUGUUCGAUAUUCAAGAAGGAUGGUCCUGGCCCAAGAAAUGGUGCUCAAUAUGGAGCACCUUUUAAGGAGGAAGAUUGGGAUGAUGAUGAUGAUGAGGAAGAGGAGUUCAACGGUGUAGGGAUUGUUUCUUCUUCUGGCAUGCCUGUCCUGGUACCGAUUAAUCAAAACAGUUCCCUGGCUACAAGCUCACAUGUGCCUGAGGUUACAUGCACGGGAUCUAUUGGAAUAUGUCCAUAUGAGGCUCUGCCAUCUGCUUCAAACGCUACUGGGGUGGUUGUAGAUGAUUAUGUUGCUGCUGCAGAUCCUCCCCAAUAUGUGAAUGAGAAUGAGGGUGAUGAUAUUCUUGCAAUGCUGGCUAACUUCUAUGCGGAAAACCCAUCGAAUCUUGGUGAAAAUGACAUGAAUGAGCAGGCUGUUAAUAUUAAAUAUGAUGUAAAUGUUCCGGCUAAUCCUCAGUUGGAUGGGAUUGAUAUUUACCGUGACUUGGGAGAUCUAGGCAACCUCACUGGACUUGGUGAACACGAAGAUAAUAUCUCCAGUCAUUAUAGUGCUAAGUAUUCCAUGGACCAAAGGCUCGAAGGUGAUAAUAUGAAAUUUUUGGAGCUAAUGGAUCUUGAAACGCCUUUAAAUUGCUCUGCUGAAGUUGGUGGAUAUGAACAACUCCAAAAUAGUGGCUUAUACGCUGGUAAAAAUUGUUGCUUUAAUCCUGAAGAUUUAUAUCGCGAUGCCAUUCCCUCAAGUACUGUAGAGCUUGUCCCUGGAUUCAGUCAGUCUCCUAUACAACCUAGCUUGCAUGGGUUUGAAGAUCGAGUGAAUGUGUUUGGCAAGGAAAAUUGCUUUGCGGAGAAUGCUAAUAUGGGUUAUAAGAAUAACAGAGCUGAUUCAAAUGGGAAUGCAAAUCCUUGUGAGACAUCUGAAAUAGGAAGUGCAUGUGCUGCUGAACCCGUCGGAAGAGGAGUACAACAAAGAAAUUCCUCUUCAAUAUUCCAAUACUCAUUGGAAUCUGUACCUGCUUGUCCAGUUUCUGCUGCAGAACACUCGGCUCCUAUUAUUAUUGGAGUGAAGAGAUUGAAGGGUAUUGUUCUGUUGGCUCCUAAUGGUGGCUCCUCCAUCCGUGUCAAGGCUGAGGUGACUCUUUGGACUGGCGGGUGCACUGACGACGCUUUGUCAGACAAGUUGGAGGAGUCUACUCUGUACAACCUAAUUGAACAUGAAUCUGAGGGAUUGUUUAGGUUUACAUUUUUCUUUUUCUUGGGGAUAAUCAAUUCGACUCAAUUGAGCCCCAUCUCCAAACUAAUUUUGGGUAAUGUUCUAAACUUUUUCAUGUUUAUGAGUAAUCACCCAAACUUUUAUGUUUUUGCUUGCUGGUAUUGUCUAUUCUGGUAUUUUAACAAUGUUACUUUUUCUGACUCUUUAUGCGAAAACUUGUUUUGUACUGUGUUUGAAAGAACUGUUUUACUAUUAACUUGAGAAACCAUAA